GGGGGAUCCCUAAAGUGGGGGGGAGGGGGAACCCAAAAAGGGAGGAGGGGGGCUCCCGGACGCCUGGGUCCUCUCGGGGGGUCGUGACCUUUGACCUUGUGCCCCCCCCCCCCCCCCCCAGCCAUGAGAAAAACCAAGAACCUGAGGAGAACGUCGACCUGCAGGAGGGGGAGGGCCCCUCCGGGGAGGACGUUCCCGUGGCCAUCGCCAGCGUCCCCGUCCCCGGCGCCUUCGCCGACUCGGGGCUGCAGUAUCAGUUCCGCAGCGAGAGCAACGGCAGCCAGGUCACCUACCGGGUGGUGCAGGUGACGGAGGCGCCACUCGAUGGGCCCGAAGGAGCCGCCGUCAGCGUCGUGUCCACCUUCGCGGGGACCACCCAGGCCGUGAUCCAGAACCCGUUCAGUAACGGGGGCAGCCCCGGGGCCGAGGGCGGAACCGAGACCCGAUUCGCAUGGGGGGGCGACGGGACCGUGUCGGUGCAGACGGAUCCAGCGCUGGCGCAGGCGGGAGGUCAGUUCUAUGUGAUGAUGACGCCUCAGGACGUUUUGCAGCCGGGGACCCAACGCAGCAUCGCGCCCCGCGGGCACCCGUACUCCCCGAAGCUGGAGGGGCCGCGGGUCCCACGGGACGAGCGACGACGAGCGCAGCACAACGAGGUCGAGCGGCGCCGCCGGGACAAGAUCAACAACUGGAUCGUCCAACUGUCCAAGAUCAUCCCCGACUGCGGCGCCGACAACAGCAAAACGGGAGCGAGCAAAGGGGGGAUCCUGUCCAAGGCGUGCGACUACGUGCGGGAGCUGCGGCAGAGCAACCAGCGCCUGCAGGAGACGUUCAAGGAGGCCGAGCGGCUGCAGAUGGACAACGAGCUGCUGCGCAGACAGAUGGAAGAGCUGAAGAGCGAGAACGCGCUGCUGAGACAACAACUGCAGAGCCGGGGGGAUGGGACAGAGAACAACCCGGGACAGGGACAGUGACCCCCUGGGGACACCCCUUGGGGACACCCCCUGGGGACACCCCCUGGAUCCCUCAGCCCCAUUGGGGACCCCCCAGUGACACCCAGGGACCCCUUGGGGACAUUUCCCCCUCAUUGGGGACACCCCAUGGAUCCCUCAGCCCCAUUGGGGACCCCCCAGUGACACCCAGGGACCCCUUGGGGACAUUUCCCCCCCAUUGGGGACACCCUUGGGGACACCCCAGUGACACCCACAUCCCAUUGGGGACCCCCCAGUGACACCCAGGGACCCCUUGGGGACAUUUCUCCCCCAUUGGGGACACCCUUGGGGACACCCCAGUGACACCCACAUCCCAUUGGGGACCCCCCAGUGACACCCAGGGACCCCUUGGGGACAUUUCCCCCCCAUUGGGGACAACCUUGGGGACACCCCAGUGACACCCACAUCCCAUUGGGGACACCCCUGGGGUCCCAUCACCCCCAUUGGGGACACCCCAGUGACACCCAGGGACCCCUUGGGGACAUGGGGACACCCUGACCCCCCAUUGGGGACACCCCAUGGAUCCCCUCAGCCCCAUUGGGGACCCCCCAGUGACACCCAUGGGCCCUUUGGGGACACCCUGGGGACCCCAUUGGGGACCCCCCAGUGACACCCAUGGACCCUUUGGGGACACCCUGACCCCCCCCCCCCCCCCAUUGGGGACACCCUAGUGACACCCCCAUCCCAUUGGGGACACCCCUGGGGUCCCAUCACCCCCACUGGGGACCCCUUGGGGACAUUCACCCCCUCCCCCAAUUGGGGACCCCCCCCCCCCCCCCAGAGACCCCAUCCCCCCACUUUGGGGACCCCCCCCCCCCCCCCCCAGUGACACCCAUGGACUCUUUGGGGACACCCUUGGGGACCCCUCAGUGACACCCACAUCCCAUUGGGGACACCCCUGGGGUCUCAUCACCCCCUCAGGGGAACCCAGGAGUGCCCCAAGGGACCCAGGAGUACCCCAAGGGACCCAGGAGUUCGGGGAGGGACCCAGGAGUGCCCCAAGGGACGCAGGAAUCCAGGAGGGACCCAGGAGUGCCCCAAGGGAUCCAGGAGUGCCCCAGGGACCCAAGAGUUCGGGGGGGGGACCCAGGAUUGCCCCAAGGGACAUAGGAGUUUGGGAGGGACCCAGGAGUGCCCCAAGGGACAUAGGAGUUUGGGAGGGACCCAGGAGUGCCCCAAGGGACAUAGGAGUUUGGGAGGGACCCAGGAGUGCCCCAAGGGACAUAGGAGUUCAGGGAGGGACCCAGGAGUGCCCCAAGGGACAUAGGAGUUCAGGGAGGGACCCAGGAGUGCCCCAAGGGACAUAGGAGUUUGGGAGGGACCCAGGAGUGCCCCAAGAAACCCAGGAAUUUGGGAGGGACCCAGGAAUUUGGGGAGCCCCCCCCCCCCUUAGUUUGGGGACCCCCCCCAGGAAUCCCCUCCCCCCCCCAUCAGUGUCCCCCAAUUGGUGUCCCCCAUUGUGUCCCCUCCCCCCAUCCCCCCCCCCCCCUUUGUAAUUAACGUUUGUAAUUAAUUAAUUAUUGUUUUGUACCGCCCGGGGCGGGGGAGGGGCGGCCGCUCCCCCUCCCCCCCCCCACAGCGCGUGGGGGUGUUUUUUGGGGUGGGGGUGGGGAGGGUGGGGGGAGGGGCGGGGGUGGGGAGGGGCCGCCCGGGAAACCUCCAAAAAGGUGGAAAAAGA